ACAUUUGAAAAUGGUAUUCCGUAAUUUUAUGAAACGGGAAACCCUAUGUUACUGAGUCAACUCCUUUAUAUACCCUCGUCUCCGACCAAACGCUUUUUCUUUCUUCCCAAAAAUUCCGAUCUGUUUCUCUACCUCUCCGGCACUCUUACAGAAGAAAAACAAGAGAAAGAAGGAUAAUCAUGGAAGAUAAAUCCAUUCCAUUCGAAUCAAGUCACUCCGUAUCAAACAACGAUAACAAUCACGGAUGGCAAAAGGUGACAUAUGUGAAGAAGCAGAAAAAAAAGCAGCAAAAACUCUCGGAUUCAGGCAAGGUAAUCGCCAAUGGAUCUGCUAUUUCCGGCGCCGAUAAUGUGUAUAAGUCGCUUGAGAAGCACUCCGAUGAACGCCGCAAGAGAAUUGCAGCUCAGACGGCUGCGAUGUACGCUGUUGGCGAUGCUCCGGUUAGAUCGGCGAUGAAACACCGGUCGGACGAUGAAGACGAGGAUAACGAUGCUGAAGGUGGUGCUGAAAAUGGUGUGGUUGGGGAGAAGAAGACGGACAAAGUAAAAAAACCGAAGAAGCCAAAAGUUACUGUGGCUGAAGCUGCUGCGAAGAUCGAUGCAGCUGAUCUAGAUGCUUUUCUCGCUGAUAUAACUGUUUCCUAUGAAUCUCAGCAAGAAAUACAAUUGAUGCGUUUUGCGGAUUACUUUGGACGGUCAUUUGCGGCAGUGGCUGGUUCACAAUUUCCGUGGUUGAAAUUGUUCAGGGAGUCCCCUAUCAGUAAAAUUGCAGAUGUUCCUGUUUCACAUCUUCCUGAACCAGUUUAUAAAACAUCAGUGGAUUGGAUCAACCAACGUUCUUUCGAGGCUCUUGGAUCGUUUGUGCUGUGGGGACUAGACAGUAUUCUUGUGGACUUAACGGCCCAACUAGCAGGUUCUAAGGGCUCCAAGAAAGGUGGCCAACAAACAUCGUCAAAAUCUCAGGUUGCCAUGUUUUUAGUUUUGGCAAUGGUACUACGACGAAAGCCUGAUGUUUUAAUCACUAUACUCCCGACGCUUCGGGAAAGUCCAAAGUAUCAAGGGCAAGACAAACUUACAGUUAUUCCAUGGAUGAUAGUCCAGGCCUGUCAGGGCGAUCUCUGCGUUGGAUUGUACUUGUGGGCACAUCAUACCUUGCCUUUAGUUGGAGGAAAAUCAGGUUCCAAUCCGCAGACAAGGGACUUGAUUUUGCAGGUGGUAGAAAGGAUCCUCUCUGCACCAAAAGCUCGUACAAUUUUAGUAAAUGGGGCUGUUAGGAAGGGAGAGCGUCUGAUGCCGCCUUCAUCCCUUGACCUGCUUCUACGAGUGACUUUCCCCGCUCCUUCUGCGCGAGUCAAGGCAACUGAAAGGUUUGAGGCAGUAUAUCCCACUCUUAAGGAGGUUGCGCUUGCUGGUUCCCCUGGAAGCAAAGCAAUGAAGCAAGUUUCACAACAGAUACUUCUACUAGCUGUAAAGGCCGUUGGAGGAGGCAAUCCAGAACUAUCUCGAGAGGCAGCAAACAUAUUCAAUUGGUGUUUGACCCAGAGUGCUGACUGUUACAAGCAGUGGGACAAGAUUUACCUGGAUAACAUAGAAGCAAGUGUUGCAGUGUUGAGAAAGCUCACCGAGGGGUGGAAGGAGUUAUCGAGGAGACAGUCUUCUCCGGAGGCUUUGAAGGAGACUCUCAAGAGCUUCAGACAGAAGAAUGAGAAAUCAUUAACUGGUGGAGUGGUUGCUCACCAGUCACACUUGAGAGAUGCAGAUAAGUACUGUAAAAUGUUGUUAGCAAGGCUGUCUCAUGGACAUGGGUGUCUGAAAGGAUUUGUUGUUGUUCUUUUGGCUAUGGCGGUGGGAGGUGCUAUUGUGUCACAGAACUUGGAGGAUUGGGAUUGGAACAAGUUUUCAGCUUUGCUUAAUGUCCCACAGUCGUCCUAAGUAAUCUGCACCAGAUGAGCAAUGUUCUUUUUUUAACAGUUGAUGGUCUCAGCAGCAGUUGGUUCAGAAAACUUAAAAAUAACUUUUUGGAGAAACAGGUAGCUACUGAAGCGGAACUUGGAGAUAUAGGGAUACUUAUAUUUUCAUCAAAGCAUGAGUUAUGUUUAAUUUAUCAAAGUCUUGUUUUGAUCUGUCUGUUAGUUUUUAAGUGGUAGUAGGCAUCUUAGAUGUUACUCAGUUUUCAACAUCUUUUUUCAGUUCAAGUAAAUUGAUCAUUACCAGAAUACAGAUGUAAUUUCAACCGGUAUGAAAGAAUCCAAAAAGGAUUUAAUAAUUGGUAGGUUGAGUAUUUCAACUUAUUUGCUUGUCAA